AUGACAGAGGCAACUGACGGCUCCCACAAGAAGCGCAAGCUGCAGGAUGUUCCGGAGAUCGAGAUUGAUGUUUCUGCACCAGAACCGCAGUCUAAGAAAGCUCUGCGCAAAGCUAAAAAGAACAAAACAGAAGGAGCCGCUGAGGAUGGCAAGACUAAGCCCGAGACGGCUUCGACCAAGGAAAAAACCGACGCACAAAAUGCCCCUGCGAAGCGUUCCGAUUACGGUAUUUGGAUCGGUAACCUGGGCUUCGCAACCACCAAAGACGACCUCCGCAAUUUUUUUGUCAGCAACUGCUCCUUUCCCGAGACUACCAUAACUCGAAUUCACCUUCCGAAGGGCCAAGAGAAAUUCGGGAGGCCCCAAAACAAAGGCUUUGCUUACGUUGAUUUCUCUACUCCGAAAGCCCUGGAGGAAGCAAUUGGUCUUAGCGAACAGCUUUUGACGGGCCGUCGAGUUUUGAUCAAGAACGCAAAGAGCUUUGAAGGCCGCCCGGACAAGCCCCAGGGAGAUCAGGGCAAUGCUAGUAACGGCAAGCCUGGCCAUCCCCCUUCUCGCCGAGUCUUUGUCGGCAAUCUGAGCUUUGAUGCCACUAAAGAAAUACUUGAGGAACAUUUCGGCCAAUGCGGAACCGUGACCAACGUACACAUGGCGACCUUCCAAGAUAGUGGGAAAUGCAAGGGAUAUGCCUGGGUGGAGUUUGAAGACCUCGCUGCAGCAGAAGCAGCGGUGAAGGGUUACGUGCUGAUUGCAGAGGACGACGAAGAGGAGGAGGAGAAGGAGGAGGAUAGCAAUGACUCCGACUCAGCAAAGAAGCCUAAGAAAACGCCGAAGCGAAAGGUUUGGGUAAACCAAAUCAUGGGCCGCCGUAUGAGGAUGGAGUUUGCGGAGGACGCCUCCACCCGAUACAAGAAACGGUUCGGCAAGGACAGCGAGGGCAAGAAAGAUCACUCGGAAAAUGCUGAGGGCUCUGAUGCUCGGUCCCGGGUCAGGAAGCCUAAGCGUCCGGAGAUCGAUGAUUCUCGGUAUUCCAAGGAGACUGUGCAACGCCUCAGCGGUGCCAUUGUCGAGGGGCAGGGCCAGAAAGUCACGUUCGACUAA